GAGAUGCCUGCCUGCCUGCUCCUUCCAGAGCCUGUUGAACGCCCCCUCUGGAUCCCAGGAACACGCCUCCCCCUCCCCCGACUUCUCACCGGGCGCAGAGGGUGGGGGUGGGGCCUGAGCCAGAAGGUUCCCUGCAAAAGCUGAGCCAGAAGAGUAAACCUCCGGAUUGGAGGCUUCUCCUGCAGCCUGGCCCUCCGCCCUCACCUGAGGAUUAGGCCCCGCCUGCCGGCCGCGUCGCCAGGUGAGUCAGGUGGCAGCUCCGGCCCACCCACCUGUCUGCGUUCUGCCCGCCCCAGCCGGAAGCUUCCUCCUUGGACUCUGCACAGUUCCUACAGGACUCUGGCCUCUGGGGCUGCCUGGCAUCUGGGGGUUUCCUUGGAGCUCGAUCUUUUCUGGCAGAAGCCGAGGCUCACCGGUGUCUUGAGGCCCCUCCAUGCGUGAGACAAACCAAACCACUGUGGAGCCCUCAGAGCUCCCAACAGCAUCGUCCAUGUCCCCUGAAGUGGGCACUGGGGCCCGGGCAUGGCCCGUGCUGGUAGGGGUUGUGCUGGGGGCCGUGGUCCUCUCUCUCCUCAUCGCACUUGCUGCCAAAUGCCACGUCUGCCGCAAAUACCGUGCCAGCUACCAGCACCGCCCGCUGCCCAGGACAGGGAAGGGGAUCUGCCCGGAGGUGGCUGAAGAGGAUGAUGAUGGCUUCAUCGAGGACAAUUACAUUCAGCCCGGGGUUGGCGGGCUGGGGACCGAGGGUAGCAGGGACAACUUAUCCUUCUGAGUCCCCAUCUCCGGACACCCCACCCUAACCCCGUGCCCAUACCUGACAAUGUAAGGAUAAUGGAGACUCCACGAGGACUGUGAGGCUCAGGGACAGAGGUAUCUAGGGCUUCAGGGCGAACCAGGGGUAGAGCAUCCCUUCUUACCCUGACACUGGCUACUAAAGUGACAAACCUUCUCUUGCUCUGUAACCCUCAAUGGCUCCCUGCUGUUCUCAGGACAACCACAAGGGCCUGACCUGGGAAAUAAGGCCUCUUUCGACCUCUUGAUUCCCUUUCUUGCCUUUCCCAACUUCACUCCCUACUAAACGAAUUAUUUGUUAUUUCUGUUCUCCCACAUGGUGUUUUUCCAUGCGCUUUUUCCUCACAUGCUCUCCCGGGCCUACACUGCCCUUCUGUUCUCUCAAAUCCUCUGUGACAGAGGGCACCCGGAGGGGGACUCACUUGGUGGAGCGGCUGGCUCUUGAUUUCGGCUCAGGUCAUGAUCUCAGGGUCCUGGGAUUGAGCCCUACACCGGGCUCCCUGCUGAGGAUUCUCUUUCUCCGUCUGUCCCUCUCUGCCCUCCCCCACCCCGCUUUCACAGUGCGCCUGUGCUCUCUCUCCCUCUCUCUCAAAUAAAUAAAUAACUAUUAAAAAGAAAUCCUCUUUGACAGUGAUGAAAAUCCCUGGCCAACAGAGCCCCUCUGGCCCGUCUACCUGCCAGCAUUUCUGGUGUGCUGGAAUGAUAACAGUUGAGCGGGUGAAAACCAGUGUGCCAACCUUCCUACUGAAUUUUUUUCAAUGAAGUGAGUAAUCUACAUGGUUACAUGACAUUUUUCACAGGUAGUAAUAAAUUGAUUUUCAUUUUAAAUGAAAGUAAAAAA